UGUAUUUUUGCGACUUGUGAGUCGUCAUUUACAUAAAAUGCUUUCGGUACAUUUGUAGCUUUAAGCUUCUCGAAAAGCCGUCAUAGGCCAGGGAGCCAGAAUGAAUGUAGACCCUGAGUCGGUAAGUGGCUUCUUGCCAAGGGGUCUAUCCAUCGUCUUGGGGGACUGGUAUGGCGAUCUUCGUUGACAUGUUGUUCUUAUUGAGUCUUGUAGAAGUCACAGUUAAAAGCCGGAAAUCACCUGCAAUGCUAUGGAACUAUACCAUCCAAGGGGCAGAGCUUCAGAGGUAAAAUGGGUUUGGAACUGCCUUUGGAGUUCGAAGGUUCGUAACAAGCAGCACGUCAUGGAUCCUAGGGAUCAGUCAGACCUCACGAUUCUAGCAUUGAAAGGCCUAAAGUUACCAUCCAAACGCAUCAUAAGAUAGCAAUCACCCAUCGAAACAAUGUGGUAACGAUGAGUCGGACCCAUAAUUGACGAAAAUCACUGGUUCAGGCAUGCGUCCUCCAUGUGACGAAGGGUUCGAGGGUGGCACGAACUCCAGGCAUCGUAAUACUCAUGCAGUAGUACAGGGACUGUGGAAAGCCCUUACUCAAGAGUGUCACUUGCUUGAGACAUUCUACUCAAGGUUGAGGUGAUGUGCGGCUAAUCACUGCAACCAAGUCCAUUGAAAAGACGGGAUCGCACCCAAGAUUCUCCAGUUCUUCUCCAAUCUGCUGACGGCCAACUUAGGUCAUGGAAACCUCACAUCGCCACGUGAGCGACGGGUCUCUCACAGCCAGUGCUUUUUGAAGCAGUUGUGUAUAUUGCGUUGAACUCCUUUCGGAGUUGUUGAAGAGAGAAAAAGGAACACCAACAGAUUCGAGCAAUAUAUAAUGAAUUUUCCAUGCUAGCGGCUUUUCGAGAAGCGACAACGCUAAGGCUUAAAGCUCGUUAGCGCCUUGAUUGGUUUGAUUAACCCCGCGCUAUCGGUGGUUGGACUAACCCCUCAUUGAGUUGCUUUUCGCCAGGCAAUUUAUUUUCGCGAUCACAACAUUUCGAAAAUCUUGUCCGUGACCAACCUACGAUUGACGGUAUCCCUCACAACGGAUACUGAUUAGUUGUCCCCAGAACCAAAGAGCAAAAUGUCUGCCGGUCAAAAAACAGCAAUUAUCUCCGUCUAUGAUAAGACGGGGUUAUUGGACCUUGCCAAAGGCCUGAUCAAGCAUAAUGUUCGUCUCCUGGCAUCUGGAGGAACUGCUAAGAUGAUCAGAGAGUCUGGCUUUUCUGUGGAAGAUGUAUCUGCCAUUACCCACGCCCCAGAAAUGCUGGCAGGUCGAGUCAAGACCCUUCACCCUGCCGUACAUGCCGGUAUCCUCGCACGCGACCUUGCCUCUGACGAGAAAGAUUUGGCUGAGCAGAAUAUCAACAAGGUGGACUACGUCAUCUGCAACCUCUACCCAUUCAAGGACACGAUUGCAAAGAUCAAUGUCACAAUCCAAGAAGCCGUGGAAGAGAUUGAUGUCGGAGGGGUCACCUUGAUCCGUGCAGCUGCUAAGAACCACGGCAGAGUGACAAUCUUGAGCGAUCCAUCUGACUACCCAGAGUUUCUGCAAGAGAUCGAGAAUGGAGAGGUCAGUGAGCGGAGCAGAAACCUUUAUGCCCUCAAGGCUUUCGAGCAUACCGCGGACUACGAUGCGUCUAUCUCAGAUUUCUUCCGCAAGCAAUAUGCUGGAGAGGGAGUUCAGCAAAUGGCUCUUCGAUAUGGAGCGAACCCCCAUCAGAAGCCAGCUGCUGCCUUCAUGAGGCUCGGAUCUCUUCCAUAUAAGGUCCUGUCUGGAUCUCCUGGGUACAUUAAUCUCCUUGAUGCUCUCAAUGCUUGGCCAUUGGUCAAGGAGUUGAAGGCUGCCCUUGGCCACCCUGCUGCUGCAAGCUUCAAGCAUGUCUCACCCGCAGGAGCUGCUAUCGGUGUUCCUCUUACCGCUGAUGAGAGAAAAGUUUAUAUGGUUGAUGACAUCGAGGGUCUGGAAAAUUCGGCACUCGCCCAAGCUUACGCUCGUGCCCGUGGUGCUGAUCGCAUGAGCAGCUUCGGAGACAUGAUUGCCCUGAGCGAUAUCGUUGAUGUUCCCACCGCCAAGAUCAUCUCAAGAGAGGUUUCGGAUGGUGUCAUUGCUCCCGGUUAUGAGGAUGCUGCUCUCGAAAUCUUGAAGAAAAAGAAGGGUGGUAAGUACUUGGUACUCCAAAUGGACCCUGAGUACAACCCUUCUUCUCAAGAGUCAAGAACUGUUUACGGCGUCACCUUGACUCAACACCGAAACGAUAUCCAAGUGUCUCCUAAGUCGUUCACUUCCAUCAUCACACCAAAGGAGUCAGCACCAUUGCCAGAUUCUGCUCUUCGAGACUUGACCGUUGCUACAAUCGCUCUCAAGUACACCCAAAGCAACUCUGUCUGCUAUGCACUCAAUGGUCAGGUCAUUGGGCUCGGAGCUGGACAGCAGUCACGUAUUCACUGCACUCGCUUGGCGGGUGACAAGGCAGACAACUGGUGGUUGCGAUUUAAUCCACGAGUUCUCGGUAUCACUUGGAAGAAGGGCACUAAGCGCGCAGACAAGAGCAAUGCCAUUGACUUGCUUGUCAGUGGUCAACUUCCCAAGGAGGGCGCCGAGAGAGAGGGCUACGAAGCCUUCUUCGAGGAAGUUCCAGCUUCUUUCACAGAGCAAGAGCGCUUGGAGUGGCUUGGAAAGCUCGGUGAGGUCGCGGUGUCCAGUGAUGCAUUUUUCCCCUUCAUCGACAACGUCUACAGAGCAGGACGAUCAGGAGUCAAGUACAUAGCUGCUCCAAUUGGAAGCCAAAACGACACGGCUGUCUUUGACACUGCAGAGAAGUUGGGAAUCACUUUCGUCGAGCAGAGCAUUCGCCUGUUCCACCAUUAG